AUGCCAAAGCAGACAGUUUCUACGCUUGACGAUAUCAUGGAACGGGCAGUCAGGAAGUAUUUUACCAUUUUAGCUCGGCUCGAGCCAUCGGUUUCCCUGGAUACUACAACGAUACAUUUUGAUCAACCUGUAUGGGAUGAUGCCAAACUAAGGGAGGAAUUGCUAGAUUCAGAGGAGGAAUUCGCCCUAGAUGCUACACCACCAUCUCUUCGAGAAGAUUCUCUAAUUGUUGAUGAAAUCAUAAGUGAGGCAACACAUACCACGGAUUAUAAUCCGAUUGAUCAUGGAAGAAAAGAUGAAAUGAUUUCUGGAUGGAGCUCAGACGAAAGUAAGUUGAUCGAGAAUUUAAGGGGAAGAUUAUUCUCGGACGCUUCUCACUUUUUUUGA